UAACGCGCAGGGCCUUUUACGCUGAGCAGGUUAACUGAGGCCCGCUGCUGCAGAAAGGUGAAGCAGGUGAAGCGGUGGUCGGGUGAUGCGUGGCACAAAUUCCGCCCUGUGACUUUGCUGGACGAUGGUAGCCUCCCUGGCUGCACUCAGCCGUGCCACAAGCUGAACAUGAAGGCUGCCGGCAGUCACACUUUCCUCAGACUUUGUGUGCUGUCGUGUUUCUUGCUGUUGUUGUCCACGUUCUCGGGCGCCGCCGAUAAAAUGGCCUUUUCGCCCUCGCGCCUCGGGGUGCCGACCUCCACGGAGCAGGGUCGAAGAAACCGCCACACGAAACACAGGAGCCCCAACACCAGCGGGCUUCCAGAGAGACAGGCGGAGGACCAGAGUCUGCAGUUCAUGUGGAGUCUGUACAGGAGAGCGGCGGAUGCGGACGGUAGGCCGAAGCAGCACAAACUGUUUGGGUCCAACACCGUCAGGCUGAUUCGUGCGUUUACCGCAAGAAAACACUUCCACUCCUCACAAAACGACCUGCUGUACUCUUACACCGUACAGUAUGAAUUGGAAAACCUCCCACUGAACAAACUACUGAGGGCGUCUUUCGUUCAUCUGAGGUCACCGGUGGCACCAUACCCUCCUGUUAGGUGCACGGCCAGAGUGUCAUCCUCACAGCCUGCCAAUGACACUGAUGUCACUCUGGGCCCUCAGAGCUUGUGGACUGUAUCUGACGUCACGUCCUAUGUGUCUCAGUUUAAAGGUAGCAAGUUGGCCCUCAUUGUUCGGUACAAGUGUCUGGAAGUUGGUUGGGUUCAACCUGCUGUUGUGAGACGCAGGGCCCAGAGGAAACGUCUCCCGCCGCAGAACCACCUAAGAGCCCCUGCUUUGCUUCUCUUCCUGGAAGAAGAGGGACAUCCUAUGGAAUGGGCGAAGUACGUCAGAGCUCUUUCUCGCCCUGGCUCGAGAUCCCGGCGCUCCAGAGAACCCGGCAGCAUAGUUGCUGACAUCCCGAAUUACAAGCAGGGCAAGAACAGCGUAGCCAAGAACCAGUGCAAGCUGCACUCGUACCGUGUGACCUUCCGCGACCUGGGCUGGGACCACUGGAUCAUUGCACCACACAUGUACAACCCACGCUACUGCAUGGGCGACUGCCCCCGCAUCCUGCAUUACGGCCUGAAUUCACCCAACCACGCCAUCGUACAGACCUUCAUCAGUGAGCUGGGCGUGGCUGACAUCCCACUGCCUUCCUGCGUGCCGUACAAAUACAAACCCAUCAGCGUGUUGAUGAUGGAGAAGAAUGGCAGCAUCGUCUACAAGGAGUACGAGGACAUGGUGGCAGAAUCUUGCACCUGUAGAUGAAUGUGGGGUCGGGAAAGCACAAGGAACAAAUGGAAAUCAACGGAUUGAUCACUAUGAACUUUCCACACGGUACCACCACCACUGUUGAAUUUUUGUCACCAUCUCUUGCCCUCAGCUAACCUGUACCUGAUGAAGGUGUGCUCUAGUCUCAUGGACAAAUAGUUGACUGAUGCAUGGCAAGAGAAGAGUUGUAGGCCAUGCAAAUAGUGGUGUUUUUUUUUUUUUCUUUUUAUUCAAGUUUUCAGUUUUGUAUUUGUCUGUGUAUCGUAUUUAUUGUUGUCUGUCAUGUUGUAAUGAUGGAGGGAAAGUAAUAGAAUUUUGUAUGUGUCUGGACUUAAGUGUUAGGUGUUAAGUGUUUGCACUUUACUUAACUCUAUAGAAAAGUCCACUUAAAAAAAGGGAAAAAAAAAGAUUUUGGAUAAAAGGGGGAAAAAAAACUAUGAAAAGAACUGUUUGGUGCCUUUGCUGUGCUUGUUGGACUUCGCAGAAUGAUGCUGCUGCUGCUGCUGCUGCUGUUACUGAUGCUGCUAUUGCGACCUCUUUUGGAAACCACGUGUUCUUGCACAUUGUGUUCCUGGUCAGAGGCAGUAGCCUCCAGAGGGAAGGAAGGGGGCCAAUGUUUGAAUUUGAGUGUCCUAAUUCCACAUGAAAGGAGAUGUGCAUAAUGUUUAUGGAUUAUAUAUUUUCAUAGACAUGUUUCUUAAAGAGAGUAUGAAGAGAUUGGUCGUGCAAUAAAAAUGAUCAUUUUAUAAGUCUUGAGAGAUGAAAUAAAGCACAUUUUGUAAAAAAAGUUUGACUUUAUUUAGCAUUUUGUUUUGAAAUUAAAUAGAAAAUAUUUUUAUCAGUCGGGCUUAACAUAUUACC